AUGUACGCUAUAGCAAAAGAUAAGCCAUUUUAUUGGACGUUGACGCUUCUAAAUAUAUUUUUAUGGUUCCCUCUGGAUGAAGGAAAAACCUAUACAAAAUGUUUUUUUGGGUUGUCUGCAUUACUACGUACGAUUUCUUUGUUGUCCGGCUUGGGAACUUUGGUUCAUUUGGUUCUUAUAAUUAAAGAUCACAUCGAUUUGGAAAUAAGUGAAGAUAUAGGCGAUCUUACUGGUUUUGUCGGUUGCAUGAGCGUUUGUCUCACAUUUCUUUUCUACCACGCAGAAUGGUCUAAUUUUUUUAAUAAUUUGUUAAAAUUUAAAGAAUUCGGACAACCACCAGAAUACAACGAAAUUGUAAAGAAAGGCAAUUUUAUUGCAUUAAUGUGUAUCCUCUAUACAGUACCGGGCAUGCUGUGGUACUGUUUUGUUUCUUAUAUGCAAGUACCUCAAUGUCAGAAAAUGAACGCUCUUAAAAAUUUAAACGAACCCUGCGGUAUGGUCAACCCAACGUGGAUGCCCAUAAAGCAACAAGAAGGCAUGGCUUUCAUUUUAUGUUACCUUUUUCAAGUAAUAGGGAUCUUCGUUUAUUUACCAUCCGCUUUUUGCAUAACCAUCAUCCAAUUUGAGGCUGUUGAAAUAUUGGUAGCAAGACUGAAUCAUCUGAAAACGUUAUUCAGAGAAGUCUUCGAAGCGGAAGAUGAGAGAGUUCGGUGGAAGCAAUUGCAAUAUUGCAUACGAUAUCAUCAGGAUAUUUUAAAUGUUUGCAAUGAACUAGCUGGUUGGUUUCAGGCUACAUGUGGCAGUGUAUUUUAUACAGCGGCAGUUGUUAUAGGUGCAUUGGGAAGUCAAGUAUUGAAGGAAUCUACACCAAAAGCAAUUAGUUUUAUUGGAGGAUAUGUAGCAGCAUCUUUUCUCUUGUGUUAUGCUGGUCAAAGGUUAAUUGACGAGAGUUUAGAUGUUACCGAUUAUGUGUACGAUUCGAGAUGGUAUGAGAUGGAUGCAAAAACAAAGAGAGUUUUGGUGUUUGUCUUGAAGAGAUGUCAAAAGCCUAUUACCCUGGCAGCAGUACCUUCAAUGGGCUCUGCUGGAUAUAUUUUAUUUUUUAUUAUGAUGAAAACAUCCUAUUCCUACUUGACCCUACUUAAUCAAAUGGUUUAAAAAAUUUAAAAAAAUUAUAUAUCAACAGCUUUGAAUAUUAGAAAUGUAGCUUGCGAACAUUCCAAAAAUUACAAAAAAAUAAACUAAAAACAAAAACUGC